AUGGCUUCUGAUACCGACUUCAUUGAUAACUAUGAUACAGUUACUACCGACUUUCUAGACCAUGUUCUUGCUAGAUUUCCAGUCAUGUUUCCAUACGAUGCAAAAGAAUUCAUACUAAAUGACGGUUUUUUUUAUUCCAUAACCACGCUACUCAAUGAACUCUUUUUGCCUCCAUACACGAUAAACGACGAAUGUCACAAGCGCACUAUCUUAAGUAUAGUGAUAAAAUUAGAGUCCCGGGGUACACCGACCGAUCAAAACUCGGUUCUUUCAACAGUUUGGUUACAUACCCUUACUGCCAUCUACCUUCUUCAAACUGGCUCUGAGGUCAACGCCAGGCACCAUAUAAUAAAAGCCGCUGAUAGGCUCUUCGAAAAUGCAAAAUUUAAAAUGGCUUACUUCGGUAUUCUCCGCGUCUGCUUCGAAUAUGAAAUAGAGCUUCCUGAAGACCUAGCAACUAGGAAGAUUCAUCGAGGCAUUUUAAGCAAUGACAUUCAUUCAUGGAUAUAUGAUCACUCUAGACACAAAGAUCACUCUUAUAAUAUUCGACGUUCCAUCUGGAUUUCAACUCUGGUUCAAGGUAAAACGGAAUUUAGAAAGGAUAUCGCGCGACUUAAAAACGGCGAGCUAGAUUUGGCUGAAAUAAACGCCGAAAUGCAUAGCUGGUUACAACGUGAGAGUUUUGAAGAGUGCCCAUUUCCAGAAUUCUGGGAUUACUACGGCAUUGACCAGCUCUCAGCAAUAGAUGCAGAACUAAAGUUCCUACAACCUAUCUAUGAUGUAGCGAUGAGCCUAGCUAGAGGCAUCUCAACAACAGUAGCGGGGAGUACUGAUAAUCUAACAUCAGUGAAAAGGAUCGAUUCUAAAGCACCAACAGAGAGCAUCGACUACUACAUUUCAAUAAUUGGCAACUUUACUAAAAAAAGCAUUAAUUAUGUAAAAGCUAAGCAAGAACUUCUGGCUGUGGAUAGAAAUUGCGGUUUUCAAAAGGAAUGCAAUUACCUUAAUCACAUUCUGCAAAGUUUCUCGGUAAUAGGCUCAGCAAAGUUUCGUACUAUUACUAAAUUGAAUUCUUAUGAGCUGUCUUCCAUGGUAGAAAAGACGUGGAAGUAUGGUAAAAAAAGCACUCCGCCUAAUUUUUCUUCUACGCUGGCUAUGGAAAGAUGGAAUGGAAUUUAUGAAGAAGAACUUGAGUUACACCGGAGAGGAGAAGACUGCUACAGAAUGGAAUUUCAGCAUUAG